UAAUGAAGUUUGCCAGUGAGUCAAAAAUCGUAUACGGGGGAACUUGUGUUGUGUUGGCUUUUAUGUUUUGUAUUAUUUUUGGAGUUUAGUUUCCUUUUUCAUUUGUGCUACCUAAUUUUAUACAGUGUUUGUCUUUCUAUGAUCAUUUGUAUUUGUGUUCUAAUGUAAUCAGAAGAGUAUAAUCAUGCCUGUGUUUCAUACUAAGAUAAUUGAAAGUAUUUUGGAGCCGGUUGCUCAACAGGUAUCUCGGCUGGUGAUCCUCCACGAAGAAGCCGAAGAUGGCAACGCCAUGCCAGACCUGGCGCGGCCCGUGCAGGCGGUCUCGCUCGCUGUCAACAACCUUGUCAAGGUGGGUCACGAGACCAUCGAGUCAUCCGACGACGUGGUGCUCCGCACUGACAUGCCCGGCGCCCUACAUCGCGUGGAGGGCGCCGCCACGCUGCUGCAGCAGGCCUCCGACAUGCUGAGGGCGGAUCCCUACUCCGGACCAGCCAGGAAAAAGCUGAUUGAAGGGUCGCGAGGCAUCCUCCAAGGAACGUCAGCAUUGCUGUUAUGUUUUGAUGAAUCUGAAGUGAGGAAGAUUGUUAAGGAAUGUAGAAAGGUGCUGGAUUACUUGGGCGUGGCAGAGGUGAUCGACACCAUGGAAGACUUGGUUCAGUUCCUGAGGGACAUAUCGCCGGCGCUGUCGAAGGCUGCACGAGAGGUGGCGUCACGUGCCACAGAGCUGACCCAUCCGCCGCACAGCGAGCUGCUGACCCGCUGCCUGGAGAGUGUCAAGCGAUUGGCGCCCGUCCUCAUCUGUGCCAUGAAGAUGUACAUACACAUCCUGUCCGAAGGUGGUAAGGGUAUUGAGGAUGCCGCUGAAAAUAGAAACUUCUUAGCGCACCAAAUGGCCUACGAGAUUCAUGAAAUUAUCCGCGUGCUGCAGCUGACGUCGUACGUGGAGGACGGCGGCGAGAAAGAUAACGUGGCCGUGCUGCGUGCGCUCCACGACAUCGUGCAGAGCAAGGCGCCCGCCGCGCACCGCUUCCUGGCGGAGCCGGACGCGUUGCGGCACAGUGCGGGCGAACGCGCGCUGCGCUCCGUUCUGACAGCGGGCCAGCGAGCCACCGACCACCUCGCCCCCGCGCACGCCGACGCACUCGCUGCCACCGUGCGCUCUGGAGAAAUAAAUGCGGAUCUACUCUGCGACGAGAGGCAAUAUGGAAGAGGGCGGGAUCCUAAGGCCCGACAACUGUGCAGCGCGCUGUCCGGGGAGCUGCGAGAGGUGGAGCGCGUGGUCGGAGUGGGAGUGCGCGGCGCGGAGGAGCAGGGCGGCCGCAGCGUGCAGCACCGGUUGGAGACCGCUCACAAGUGGCUGCUCCACCCGGCUGCUGAGCCCGCCGUCCGUCUCGAAGGUCAGAAGGCGAUCAACAGCAUCGUGUCGCAGAGCCAGCGGAUCGCGGACAAGUUGUCGGGGCGACAGAAGGCCGAGGUGCUGCAACUGUGCGGCGAUGUUCAGCGCCUGUCCGACUCGCUGGCGGAGCUGUGUGUGAGCGGCGCGGGGAACAGCGAGCGGGCGCGGGAGAUCUCGCGCGAGCUGACGAGCAAGCUCCGUGCUCUACGUGACGCGGUCCAACACGCCGUAGUGAACCGCGUGGUGGAGGACUUCAUCGACGUGGCGGCGCCGCUCAGACACUUUGCCGAAGCCGUCAACGCGCCACCUGGUACUCCAGGUCGGGAGAGCAAGUUUGAAGAGAAAGCCAACGCUCUGGAGGCGUUCAGCAAGCGUGCGACUGCGGCCGCAGAGAUGGUCGCGGCCAACGUGCGACACAACAAGCGGGUCGCAGAUCCACUGCUGCACGCCGCAAGGGAGGUCGAGAAACUCUCGCCUCAGCUAAUAUGUGCGGGCAAAAUUCGACUUAAUUACCCGGAGAGCAAGGUUGCAGAGGAACACUUCAACAAUCUGAAGAACCAGUACUCGGACGUCGUGCUCAAGUGCAGGGACUUGUGUGACCAGGCUCUCGACCCGCUUGAUUUUGUGAGAACAGCAGGAGAACUGAUGCAAAAACACACGUACUUAUGUGAGCAGGCGAUCAGGAACAACGACUCGCAGAAGAUGGUUGAUAACAUGUCCGCUAUCGCUAGGCUGGCGAACCGAGUGCUGCUGGUAGGUGGGGCGGAGCGCGAGAACACGGACGACAGCGAGUUCGCACACGCGCUGUUGGGUGCGCAGCAACGACUGCAGGAGGCGAUACCUCCCGCCGUGAGACACGCCAAGACCCUGGCGUUGGGAGACGACUCUGCCGCGCCGGCCUGGCGGGCUGCCAACGACCAGAUACUCAAGGCGUCGAGUGGCGUGGAGGCGGCGCUGGCGGGGCACCACCGUGCCCCCUCCCCCUCCCCCGCGGCAGCCCCGCCCGCGCCCCCGCCCCCCGCCGUGUCGUGUGUGCGGGUGAGCGAGCCCGCGCCCCCUCGACCGCCGCCGCCGUCGCUGGCACCGCCUCGUCCGCCGCCGCCCGACACGGACGACGAGGGCGAGGACAUCUUCGACCGCCAGCCGCACCCCAGCCAACCCAUCCUGGUGGCGGCUCACAACCUGCACGCAGCAGUACGCGAGUGGUCGUCGAAGGACAACGAGAUCAUCGCGGCCGCCAAGCGUAUGGCCGUACUCAUGGCGCGGCUGUCCGAUCUGGUGCGCUCCGACUCCAAAGGCAGCAAACGGGAGCUGAUCGCGACGGCGAAGGCCAUCGCCGAGGCCUCGGAGGAGGUGACACGCCUCGCCAAGAAACUGGCGCUCGAGUGUACCGACAAGCGGAUCCGCACGAACCUGCUGCAAGUGUGCGAGCGCAUUCCCACCAUCGGCACACAGCUCAAGAUCCUGUCAACGGUAAAGGCCACCAUGCUGGGCGCGCAAGGAAGCGAAGAAGACCAGGAGGCGACUGAGAUGCUGGUCGGCAACGCGCAGAAUCUCAUGCAAAGCGUGAAGGAGACGGUGAAGGCUGCGGAGGGCGCGUCCAUCAAGAUCCGCACGGAGCAGGGAGCAUACCGUCUGCGCUGGGUGAGACGAUCGCCGUGGUACCACGUGUAGACCAGGCCGAUAUAUAUACCACGAGUUGGACGCCCGCACAUGGGGCUCCAACCAUCGUACAAGAUAUAACAUAUUGUGUACUUUUUAAAUAGUCUCAUUUAAACAUUUUAAAUAUUCACAAUUAACAAAAUGUCACCGUCAAAAAUUCAGCUGUCGUCUUAUGUCAUUCGUAUAUGAGAUAGAGCCUGCUGACAGACAAACGGACAGACGGACAGAGGAGUCUUAAUAAGUGUUUUCAUUGGUUUGGUGCGUACAAAGCCCUACAAACAGGAAGUUACACUAUAAUGUAUUGCUAUACAAUGCGAUUCAAAUGAGAAUAGGACCGACUUUGCGCCAUAUUGUGACGUCAUAGCUGUCAAUUUUGACUUUAUUAUUAUACAGGCAAUUUAAAGUUUUUAUUUAAAUUUGAUGCAAGUGUAAUGAUUAUUGAUAUAAUAAUAUAAUAAUAUUUAUUAUUACUAUUACAAGGAAACAUAACAAACACAUCACACAAUAAUAAUAUUGACACACUUUUUACACAAAUUAUCUUGCCCCAAGUUAAGCAUAUAUAGCCUGUACUAUGGGUACAAGACAAUGAUAUAUUUAAUACAAUAUACUUACUUAAACAUACAUAAAUUAAUAAUGAUAUGCAAAUAACUUUUUUGCGAACCGUACUUUUAAGUAACAUUUGACAGAAAUAGAUUAUUAACGUUUGUAUUCUUAUUUUAAUUGCAUUGUAUUUGCUUAUUCUCUCAAAUUUAAAUGUAAACAUUUGACUACCUAUUUAAUUACAGUCAAUAAUAAUUGUAAAUGUAAUAAAAUAGUUUUAAAACACCCCAUUAUAUUAUGAGAGUAAGGGAGAUAGGUGAUAUUGAGUUAUUGUCCCACACUAACUUCUCGGCGUCCAUUUUUGGUAAGCUUUUAACCUCUACAAUAAAUAACACAGAUAUAUUAUACUAGAAUGUACUUAUAUUUUAUCACAAAAUAUUAAGAUAUUAUUAUAAAUAAAAAACUUAUUGUAUUAUAACAUAGUCGGUAACAUCGCCAACAAUUAGAUGUUGUUUAUCUAUUCAGAUAGUAAUUAACAUUUAUAAAGUAUAUUUUCUUACUUAAACCAGUCCGGCUUAGACAAUAUGAAUUGAUUUUAAAAAUCGAUUUGAAGCCAUUGAUGGAGGGUUAAAUGCUGUAGACUUAAUGGAUAUAUGAAAUCUAUAAAUAAAUUAAUUCAUAAUAAUAUGAAAAUUGUAAUAAAAUCUUAUUAACAUGAGACAGUUCCAGCGGCUGUAGUUCUGAUUGCAUAUUUUUUAAAUUGAGACUUUUUAGAUCAUUUUAUUUCUGUAUACCCGCAUUUUAUUUUACGUUUCAUUAUAUAAAAUAACUUUCUUAUUUAUUUAAUAGUUCUAUUGGUAAUAAUAUAUUUAUAGUAGUAAUUAAUUUAUUACAAAAGAGUGAAUUCAAUUGUUUUGAGCCAAAAGUAGAGCAUGUUUGGUUGUAACCAAUAUCAAGGCAGCUUUAAAAGCUUUUAGUAAGACAGCGUUUAUGUGAAAAGUUAUAAUUGAUCUGUAACAUUAAUUAUUUCGUUAAAUAUUAUAUAUAUAUAAUAUGCGUUUAGUAUUGGGUAUUUAAAUGUUUGAUUUUGAGGUUAUAACUUACUGUCGGGUUUGACCGGGUUCCGUGAGAAGUGAAGUCAUUUCUCGAAAUUUUGUUUAACUCAUUUAAACUUUUGGAACGAAGUUCCUUAUGGGACGAUGCGGAGGGGUACACUAACCGGGAAUAUACGUCCGGAACGUAACUCUCUUCAUGUACGUCGAAGCGUCGCUACGCGACUAUAUCUUGCUGUUUAUUAUUUAUAUAUAAAUAACUGACAUCGAACAAUUAUUGACAUUUGACACAUUUCUGAUAAUUUUUUUUUUAGUAAAUCAGUAAAAUUAAUAUUUCUAUAAUAAAGAACUUCGUUCCUAUCCGGGUUUUUAUUUUCUAGCAAAUAAUUCAUAAGCCCAACAUUAGUAGUUUUUAGGCUCAUUCCUAACGUCAUAUAAUUUUUUUCAUGUCAUAAUAUAUGUAUUUACGCCUAGAAUUAUAAUUUACAACGAAUUUUAUUUUAUUUUUGGUCAAUAGUGUGUGAUUAACAACGGAAGUGCCAUCGACAAGUGCUUUAUAGGUAGGAAUAGAGUAUUGUAAUUGUAUUAAAUAGUUGUAGCGCGACUAAUGAUAAUAAUCUCUUUAAUAUUUAUUUGGUAAAUGUACAAUUAUAGUUAAAAGUAAUAAUAAUAUAAAUAUACUAAGCCUAUUUUGUCUAACAGCUAUAAUUACACUUCGAUACUAUCCCAAUCGUGCCUAAAGUAGAAUAACAUAUAUAGUACAUCAAUAAUAUAGUAUAGUAUAUUAUAUUUGGUAUUUUAAGAAUAUCCACUCAACCACAGCUUCCAUUCAUCUCAGCCGGAAGACGUCCACUGCUGGACAAACGCCUCCUCCAGAAAUGGCCACGACUAUCGUUCCUGCGCUGCCCUAUUCCGGCGAUUCCUUGAGAAGGGCAUACCAAAACUAGGUCUUCCGGUUUCUGUGGCGCGCAUUUUGCGAAAAUAAGCGCAUUUGUAUGGCCACCUCUAGAUGGUUCUGCAUAAAGUUAUACUUGUUUCUUACUACACCACUGACCUCUACUAUAUACCACUGGACUGGCGGUUAUCAAAGUGCUUUAGUGCCUGUUUGAUAUUCGCCAUUUUGGCGCUGUUGGCCAUGUAGCGUGAGUCUGCGGUACUAAAACUAGUGAUGACAACCUCAGCAAACAUCGAUAAAUGAUGGGAAACUAUUAACAAAAAAAAUCUGUACUUUAUUGAUUCUUUGAGUAUAAAUAACACGGAAAACGAACGAAAUUAAUUCAAAAUGUAAAAAUACUUCAGAGUAUUGUACGUUCCUUCGCCGCCAUUUGUAUUAUACGACAAAAUUAGUUCUCUGGACGCUCGCGAGUGUCGCUUCAAAUAGGCACAAAAAAUUUGCUGUCAAACAUAUGGAACAGCCUAUCCAGUGGUUUUUAUACAGGCAAGAGCUUAAAAGUUACAGUUUACGACAUACUAAGGUUAAUAUAAACAUCCAACACACGAGCGAGCGCGACACGGCCGCGUGUCUUGUGAUGUGGCGCUCCCGGAGAUAGAUACACAGUUUUGUGAGAGUGUUAAUGAUAUUGCUUAGAUGUGUUUAAUGUGUGUAUGUUUACGUUCCGACCACAUACGUUACCGUUUCAAUUUAAUAUUUAAUUACAUAAUACAUUUGUUUAUUCAAAACGCCGAAAUAUUUUAGUCUAACAAUGACUUCCAAAUAUUUUUACUUCUGUUAACAAUAGGGUAGUUGACUAUUUUUAGAGAUACUCUUUCAUGCGAUUAUUAUUCCAAAUUAUAGUAUAUUUGUCGAUAAUUUAUGUUAUAUUUAUGUAUAGAUCGUCUAAACGGCUAGGUCACAUGCUUGUUACGUCAUAGUACAGUAAACAUUAAUAUAACAGUCACCUGUCGCAGUGAGAACAUCAAUUAAUUAAGAGGCCAUCAGCUGAUACCAAACUUAAACAAUGGAUAUUUAUUAUACCUUGAAACUAAAAAACAAAUUUUAAAAAGAACAUUUUUUAAUAACGCCUUAUUAAUUACAAGAAAAAUUUAUCAGCUGACAUCUAUAAUUAAGGAUGUUAAUUGGUCAAAAUAUACGUUUUAUUGGUUAGUCUUUUUUAAUAUACCGUUGUUUGAAAUGUAAUAUAUUAUGGUGAUCAUAUUUUGUCAGUGUGUGAUUCUUAAUUUAUUCGUUAAGUCCCUCAAUAUCCGGGGCGUUGCAAGUUUACGUAGCAAUGUACCUUAAUGUUAUGGGCGGCGACGAACACUAACAGAACUUACUAGAUUCAGUGUAGCGUUCUUCUGACUCGGACGAUAAGUAAUUUUAGUGUCAUUUUUUAUGUAAUUUGUUUUUUUUUUACAUUUUAUAUUAAUAUGUGGUCAAAAAAUAUCUUUAUAUAUCUUGUGAUGUCAACAAUCGAAUACCCUGUUGUUGCUGAGAGCUCGAAGGGCGAAUUUCGCUUGCUAGUUUGGAAACGUUUGUGUGUUGGUUGUGGCCUUACGUAGUGAUAUUGUGAUACGAUGCUUUACCUAACUACUAAUUGUUAUAAGCGAAUACCAAUCAUAUGAAUGAUAGAAUAACGUCACAAUUUUGCAUUAUUUAAACUUUUAAUCUUUUAUUUUAUUUAAUGUGGUUGGUUACUUUUAUAAAUAAAUCACACACAAUUAUCUCUAUAUAUUUCUACUAUAUAUUUGAGCAUGGGAAACAGAUUUAUAUCCAAUAAAAUUUCUUAUGAAAUCUAACUCAUUUAACUACUACUUACUUUUACCUAACAGAGUAAGUAAGUUAUUUUUCCUGGAAAUAGGCAACCCUACAGUGGAUAUAAUAUAUUUCUGUGCCCAAAGUUGUGACAACGAACGAACUGAUUUCGGUUUGUUACAAAACAAUUAUUAUGAGAAAUAUCUACGAAUGAUGUGUAAUUUUAAUUUACCUGCUAAUUGUCAUAUUAACUGUGUGAGCUUGAUUACUUUGAUUAUGAUGUAUUAUUUGUAUUGUGUUGCGAAAUUUUACCCAUUGUUAUUAUUUUCUAAUAAAGCUUUUUAUUAUAUAUAA